CGUCCAGCCAACCACGUGCAGCUGAUCCCACUUUAGCUGGCUGAUUACGCGAAGCUACGAGUGAUUCUCUCCUUUCAACGUAGGUUUUCAAUAAUUUCCCCGAUACAUCCGAUUUAUGGAAAAGUAAAAGCGCCAGGUUAGGAGAAGCGUUUCGUUGAUAUUUUGAAGCAGCGUGUUCUGUCCGGGCCAUAGAAGGAGGUCCCACCGAGCUGUUAGUGGUUAUUAGCCGAGUUUCAGGCCAGGCGGGACCGAGCUUCAAACCAGAGCCCUGAGCCGGUCUCGGUUGUUCACAAACACCGGAUUGAGACCCUGAAAUUGAAGAGAACAAAGAACCUGUACCAGUUAUGGAUAGUAUUCUGGAUAAUCUCUCAAAAACUGAAUUUGUAAGCCUUUGUGUUCGAGAUCCAAGACUCCACAAAGAUGGCCCUUGGCACACUCAUGUCGACUACGAGAUCUGUUUACAGACCAACAGCAUGUGUUUUCAAAAGAAGACUUCUAUAGUGAGGCGGCGAUACAGUGAUUUUGUUUGGCUACGUCACUGUCUGGAGCAGAAUGCUCUGAUCAUAGAGUUGCCCAAGUUGCCACCUUGGAACCCCUUUUUUAGUUUGAAGAAUAAAGAGCAAGUAUCCACGAGAAUGAAGGGCCUGCAGGAGUUUUUAGAAAAUGUUCUUCAGAAUCUCUUAUUGUUAUCAGACAGUCGACUCCACCUCUUCCUCCAGUCAGACCUCAGCCUCACAAAGAUUGAAAGGUGUGCUCUUGGUAAGACCAGGUACACAGUAGCUGAAGCCAUUCAAAAGUCCGGAUGUGGUUAUAGCAAUUCAGAGGACAAGACUUCUUGUGACUCAGACUGUGAGAGCUAUGCAUCUUCAGGCCUAUGAUCAAGCAUCGACAUUAUGGCUCAAGACUGCCCUCUCCCCUUCCUUCAUUCAUCUGAAACAGAUCCAUAAUGGAGUGGUCUCAUUUCCGUCGCCCACUCACUGAACAUUUGUAUUGAAACCUAAAACACCUCUCUGAAUAUAAAUCAAAGCGACUGUUUGUCUGCGAUGGUCCUUGGAGGUUUUGGUAUUCUUGACCUAAAAGGCACAAAAUUUUAUUUUCAUUGUUUUGUUUGGGCCAUAAUUUUUAAUAAUUUACCUCAUUGUACUCUAAUAUUAAGACCUCUGUCAUUUAAAUAGUGUGUGUAUGUGUGUAUAUGAGGGUGGAGUUUGAAUAUAUAUUUUAAAGUGUAUUGUGUGAAUUCUUAAAUAUUUCAGAUACAUUUUAUUAGUGCUCUAAUGUUGCCCUGUUUAGGUAAGCAAGUCUUGAAUUGUAUUCUUUUAAACAGUCAGCUAUAUUUCUAUGAUUGGUUAAAGGAUAAAUAAAUUGCCUUUCAAAGAA